GGGUGGGCCGCAAUGCUGAGCUGCAGCGCUCGAGUGGUGGGCACCGAGGUCCCCGCUGAGGGCCGGCUAGGUGCCGCCGCAGCGCAGAGAUGGGGAGUGGAAUUGUGUAGCUCUUAAGUUGUUCAUUUUUCUCGGGCCGAUGCACAGCUCCUUACCACACCAUGUGCCCUGGCGCAGGACUGCAAGCAUGGGGAAGAUGAGGUGCCUUUUUCUAAUUCUCACAAGGACACCAGGAAACUGCCUUUGAUCCCUUUGAAGUCCAUAUGGCUCUGUAUGAUGAAGAUCUCCUGAAAAAUCCUUUCUAUCUGGCCCUGCAGAAGUGGCGUCCAGACUUGUGCAGCAAGGUGGCCCAAAUCCACGGCACUGUCUUAGUGCCCUGCAAAGGAAGCCUGUCCAGCAGUGUUCAGUCUACCUGUCAGUUCGAGUCCUACAUUUUGAGACCUGUGGAAGGACAUUUUCAGACCUUAAAUGGAAAGGAUGUGUCUAUACAAGGAAACAGGAUUAAAUUAGGAGCUGGUUUUGCCUGUCUUCUCUCAGUGCCCAUCCUCUUUGAAGAAACUUUCUACAAUGAGAAAGAAGAAAGUUUCAGCAUCCUGUGUAUAGCCCACCCUUUGGAAAAGAGAGAGAGUUCAGAAGAGCCUUCAGCCCCCUCAGAUCCCUUUUCCCUGAAAACCAUCGAAGAUGUGAGAGAUUUUUUGGGAAGACACUCGGAGAAAUUUGACAGGAGCAUCGCCUCUUUCCACCGCACAUUCCGAGAAUGUGAAAGGAAGAGCCUCCGCCACCACAUAGACUCGGUGAACGCCCUGUACACCAGAUGCCUCCAGCAGCUUCUGAGGGACUCUCACCUGAAAGUGCUUGCGAAGCAGGAGGCCCAGAUGACCCUGAUGAAGCAGGCAGUAGAGAUGUACGUCCACCACCAUAUUUACGAUCUCAUCUUUAAGUAUGUGGGGACCAUGGAGGCAAGCGAGGAUGCCGCCUUUAACAAAAUCACAAGAAGCCUUCAGGAUCUCCAGCAGAGAGACAUCGGUGUGAAGCCUGAGUUCAGCUUCAACAUCCCUCGUGCAAAGAGAGAGCUGGCUCAGCUGAACAAAUGCUCCUCGCCCCAGCAGAAGCUGCUCUGCUUGCGAAAGGUGGUGCAGCUCAUCACACAGUCUCCCAGCCAGAGAGUGAACUUGGAGACCAUGUGUACUGAUGAUCUUCUCUCAGUCCUGUUAUAUUUGCUGGUGAAAACAGAGAUCCCUAAUUGGAUGGCGAAUUUGAGUUACAUCAAAAACUUCAGAUUUAGCAGCUCGGCGAAAGAUGAACUGGGGUACUGCCUGACCUCAAUUGAGGCCGCGAUCGAAUAUAUUCGGCAAGGAAGCCUUUCCAUGAAGCCACCCGAGUCAGAAGGUUUUGAUGACAGACUGUUCCUUAAGCAGAAGAUGAGUUUACUAUCUCAGAUGACCUCAACUCCCAUUGACUGCCUAUUUAAGCACAUCGCAUCAGGUGACCAGAAGGAGGUGGAAAGACUUCUGAGCCAGGAAGACCACGACAAAGAUGCCGUCCAAAAGAUGUGCCACCCGCUGUGCUUCUGCGACGACUGUGAGAAACUGGUCUCUGGGAGGUUGAACGAUCCGUCCGUUGUCACUCCGUUCUCCAGAGAUGACAGGGGGCACACGCCUCUGCAUGUGGCUGCUCUCUGUGGGCAGGCGACCCUCAUCGACCUCCUGGUUUCCAAGGGUGCUGUGGUGAAUGCCACAGACUAUCACGGCUCCACUCCACUGCACCUGGCGUGUCAGAGGGGCUACCAGAGCGUGACGCUGCUGCUGCUGCACUACAAGGCCAGCGCCGAGGUGCAGGACAACAACGGCAACACCCCGCUGCACCUGGCCUGCACCUACGGGCACGAGGAUUGUGUGAAGGCUUUGGUGUACUAUGACGUGCAGUCCUGCAGACUAGAUAUCGGCAACGAGAAGGGAGACACGCCUCUUCACAUAGCUGCACGUUGGGGUUACCAAGGCAUCAUCGAGACAUUGCUGCAGAACGGGGCACCCACAGAGAUCCAGAACAGGCUGAAAGAGACGGCGCUGAAGUGCGCAUUAAACUCAAAGAUCCUGUCUAUCAUGGAAGCCCAUCAUCUGUCCUUUGAAAGGAGGCGGAAGCCUUCUGAGGUCCCUGCACUGUCCCCUCAGCACUCUGUGGAUUCCAUCAGCCAGGGCUCCUCUGCCUCCAGCUUCUCCUCCGUGUCGGCGAGCUCCAGACAAGAGGAGUCCAAGAAGGACUACAGAGAGGUAGAAAAGCUUUUAAGAGCAGUUGCCGAUGGAGACCUGGAGAUGGUGCGGUACCUUUUGGAGUGGACGGAAGAGGACCUGGACGAAGUGGAGGAUGCUGUCGGUGUGGUGGAUCUUGAAUUCUGUCACCCCCUGUGCCAGUGCCCCAAAUGUGCUCCAGCUCAAAAGAAGCUGGCAAAAAUUCCUGCCAGUGGGCUUGGGGUGAAUGUGACCAACCAGGACGGCUCUUCCCCGCUGCACGUCGCUGCCCUGCAUGGUCGAGUGGACCUCAUCCCCCUCCUGUUGAAGCAUGGUGCCGACCCGAGUGCCAGGAACACAAACCAAGCUGUGCCCCUCCACCUGGCCUGCCAGAAGGGCCACUUUCAGGUGGUGAAAUACCUACUGGAUUCUAAUACAAAACCCAAUAAGAAGGAUUUAAGUGGAAACACACCCCUCAUUUAUGCCUGCUCUGGGGGCCAUCACGAAGUCGCAGCACUGCUCUUACAGCAUGGGGCCUCCAUUAAUGCUUCUAACAAUAAGGGCAACACAGCCCUGCAUGAGGCUGUGAUAGAAAAGCACGUCUUCGUGGUGGAGCUGCUUCUGCUUCACGGCGCUUCGGUGCAUGUCCUCAACAAGCGACAGCGCACAGCUAUAGACUGCGCCGAGCAGAAUUCAAAAAUAAUGGAGUUACUUGAAGUAGUCCCAAGCUGCGUUGCCUCAUUAGAGGAUGAUGCCGAAACAGACCACAAGGACAGCGUGACUGUUAAGAUCAGGAAGAAAUGGAACUCAAAAAUGUAUGAUCUACCAGAUGAGCCUUUUACAAGACAGUUUUACCUUGUUCACUCAGUUGGUCAGUUUAAGGAAAGGACUUCAAGGGAGAUUAUAGCAACAGAUAGAAGUGUCCCUAAUUUUACAGAAGGUUCUUUGCAUGAGAGAGGCAAAGAGUCCCACAGAAACAGUCACCUGCCAGAGCAGAGCAGACUGCAGACGGCUAAUGAAGGAAGCGACGACCUGCCCAAGGAGAGGCCCGGAUUGAAGCAGUCAGCUCCUGGGAACCGGCGAAUGGUCCGCAGGCACACGGUUGAUAUCGCGGUUGUGCCCAAGGAGCCAGAGACUGUGCUAGAGGCUAGUAUCUCCCAGCCUCAACAGUUUGUUGAAGCUGCUGCAAGCGAGCACACAAGAAGAUGACACUCAGCAUGAAUGCAGCUUACUCCUAAGUAUACUUUUAAAUAAGUGGCUUGAGACUUUGUCUUCAGAAGGUUCCCGAAAGCUUUUCUGUGGCUAAAAUAAUAAAUGCAACAAAAACUUUUCUCAUCUCUCCUCAAAGCUAAUGAUGAAUACACUUGAACAGGAAUGGACAGAAAUUCUGGUAAGUGUCCAGCUCCUUCAUCUGAGGUGUGUGUUUUUAAGUUAGGAUUUCCUGGCUACAGGGAGAGGUUUCACUGUCAGAUUCUGACCUCCUUCUACUGCAAGGUGCUAAACCUCUGUGAUAAAUUAGCAAACUGUAGGGCAAGAGAAUCCCCUCAUCUGGGAUAAGCCAAGGAGCAGCAACUUUGGUUUCAUGGUAUUGUGGAGGCCAGGCAGAAAAGUCACACGGAAAUGAAGAAAAUAUUCCCUGCAAAGCAACACCUGGAUAAAAAGAUGCCUAAAUGCCAUUGUGACGUUCAUCUCGGUGAGCACAUGUAAGAACUGUUCUACACCACGCAUAUGGAGAAAGUUGGGUGGUUUUUCUCCCGACAGACAGACAUUUGGACACUGCAUGUAUGCACCCCUAGCGUGCUCCCAGAAAUAUCCCUUUCCGUUAAGAACCAUCUCCCUUAAAGGCGGGGGAUGGGGCUCAGUGGCAAUGCACUUGCCUAGUAUGAGUGAGUCCCUGGGUUUGAUCCUCUGUACAAAAAAACUAAAUAAAAUUGAAAAAAGAACCUCUUAAAGGUCACACCUAACGGAUGGUUACUAGAGAGUAGCUUUGGCACAUCUUUCCUUAAGUCUUUUGAUUCAGAUUCAAAACUUACAGCACAAACCAGGUCAAUGUUACUUUAUGUUAGAAUUUAUUGCCAUGUAUUACUUUUUAUAAAUUUCUAUAGAUUAUAAAUCUGUUAUUUUUUUAUGUUAUUGGCCUAAAGCUACAAACAUGGGCUCAUCCUCAGUACGUUUUCAAAUAACUUUUUAAUAGGGAAAUGGUUUUGUGCACGUUCUUGGAAAUACUUGUGUAUGUACAGAAGGGAGGGAGUGGUUAUUUUUCUACAAAGUAAUUUAUGAUUUCUAAUUUUCUAAUGUGCCUUGGGUAUGUGCCAAACGAUGGAAAAGAAAUAGUAAACUUUAUGAUUCUUGAGUG